AUGUGCCUGGACCUUCCUGGUGUUGUAAGCAGCGAGGAGCAGGAGAGGAGACAGCCGUCCGGCCUUCACGUCCAUCUGCUGCGGGACCCGCUCACAUUGAACGCACUCACCUCUGUGGGGACGCAGAGAUGCCGAGAGGAGCCUGGAAGAGAGACGGAAGUCACGCUCCUGGCUCAGGCGACCCCCCUACAUUGCUCCCAAAGGGACACCUGGGACGUGGACCCCGAGUGUCCACAGGAGGAAAGCGUGCGAGGAGGCAGCCCCACCAGCAGCCAGGAGCGGGUCUGGAGGACUUGGAAGCGGACGAGCCAGGACAGGGAGCCGGAGCAGAAGGAGGGCCCCAGGAUCGGGUCUGAGACCAGGGGAUUCCAGCCCCGCGGGCGCAGACCGCCCCGGAGGAAGGGCUGUGAGGCUGUUGGGGUCACAUCCAAUGUGCACCCGCUCAGCCAUGGAUUACGGAACAGACAAGCCCGGUGCCCUCUGGGUGCCAGCCCCUCGGGGCCAAAUGCCAGCUUGGGGGCACAGCUUCCGUGGACCUGA